UUUGCGCACAUGUUGACGCUUGUAAACUGCCGAGAGAAAGAGGCAGCACAGGCACAGACCGAUGAACGGCAGGCCGGGUGGUGUGUGUGUGUAUAUGUGUGUGUGACAGAGAGGUGAUGCUCGGCGUCCCGAUGCUGCUCCAGCCUCGGAGUGUGGACUGACGGACCAAAAGUAGAAGACAGAGCCAUCCUCCACUAUUAUUAGAAUCAGCUGUUAUUUUUAAAAGCGCUUUACUGAAGGGAUGCAGUCGCAGGGCAGCACCUCCUCUCAGCCCUCCUUUGAUUCCCUGAGCUCCAGUGACAGCCUCUUGUUCAGCGAUUCAGAGCAGGCAGAGGACGACACAGACGUCUUCCUGACAGACAGCUCUCCAUCUGUCAUCAUCGGGGGGUCGGGCGGCGCGUCAGCAAGUGGAAAUGGGGGGUCAGACAGUCCCGGGUCACAGUGGACGUGUGACGGCUUCACCGACAAAGAGGAAGAGGAGGACUCUUACAGGUCACAGAGUGGCGGCAAAGCGGCUCACGUCAGCCUGGGGAAGACUGAUCCGGCGAGGCAGACUGCAAAAUCACAAGGAGAUCUGCUGUUUGCUCAGAAGUGUGCUGAGCUGCAGGGUUUCAUCAGGCCCCUGCUAGAGCUGCUGAAUGGACUGAAGAGGGGCCGAUUCGACCGGGGCUUGAGUAGUUUCCAGCAGAGCGUGGCGAUGGAUCGUAUCCAGAGGAUUGUGGGGGUUUUACAGAGACCUGACUGCGGGGAGAAGUAUCUGAACACUCUGCUCCAGGUGGAGAUGAUGCUAAAACUUUGGUUUCCCCAAAUUCUCACUCAGCCUGUGUCUACAGCCUCCAGUGUCGCCACAUCCCCUGCCCGAUCCCUCCAGGAAGCUUUCGGCUCCACCCCGCCGCACAAACACAGGGAUCAGUUACAUAUUCCCGUUAAGAAGCGCAGACUCAGCUGGACGGGUACAGACUCUCCCACGCCUUCCCCUAUACCUCUCAAGUCCCCCCAUAUCAGCACAGGAGAAAACAGGGUGAAGUCUGAUUGCAGAGAAGGUGGACCUUCUUCCUCCCCAUCACUAGCAGCUGAUGCAAAUCAGAGUUUGGCACAUGCAGCCAGCAGCAGUCAGCUAACUGAUGACAAAAAUGACGGAAAAGACGGAGACGGCAAGGAACCAGUGAAGGUGUCGAAGUACCAAGCGGGUCAGAGCUCUAAGCCGAGCCUCACGUGGGUUCAUGUUGCGCCCAUCCUGUCCCCACGAAAUACCUGCCUCUCACACGAUGCCCUCACAGCCAGCAGGAGGUUGAGCCCAGCUACACAAGACAGCUCCAUCUCCUCCACCACACCUUACAAGCACCCCAAAAAUGUGAAGAAGCCAAUCCGGUGCCAAAGCCAGCCUGUUGCUGGACAGCAGAGUGAGAGGGGGACCACUGAGGCAACUCCGGGUGAGAGCCAGUCUCCUCCUGUUACACUUAAGCCUUUGCCUGGGGCGUGUCCCACCAGCUUGAAGACCUGAUGUACUGAAUCAGCAAAAGAACUGGCAGCCUUGCUUUGUUACACCACUGGGCUAAAAGCUGCUGCGACAGGAAGAAGGGAAGAGGCUGAAGGCCUGUGAUUAUACUUGCAUUAAUGAGAGGAAGUGAGGAAAGAAUUGUUGGUGAUAGAUGUUGAAAACAAUGACGGAUAAAAACAUAACCUAUCAUCCAGACCACAGUUAAAACAGACAUUUCAAACAACAGGACAUAAACAAGAACCGUUAUCACACUUAUAAUCGAAACUCGUGCGGAAAGGUGGUUGUCAAGGUUCAAAAGCAAUGUACAGGUAACGAGAGAUAUUGUAGAGUAUUUAGAGGAGUAAAUGAUCGCUCCUCUUCAGCAUGAAGGCAAUCAAUACAAAAAGAAGAAAUAUUUAUGUAGGUGACUGUUUCAACAGACAUCUAACUUGAAAGAAACUGUUCGAAAAUGGAACAGCCGAUGUCAGUAAUCAAAAUAAAACCUUCCAGUGUUUAUUUUGAUGUGGUUGAUGAGUGAGCUGAUUCUAGUCUUGCAGCAGAAGACACGUUUGUCUCUACAUUCUUUUGAAUGGUUUGAAGAGGAAAAAGCGACACUGGGGGUAACUAAAAAAAUCUUGUUGCUAGUGAUGUGAGAAAUGAGGUGUAGUGUGCGCCGUGUCGGAGCCAUUGGAGACGGUGGAAAAAUGACAUCACAACUCACGAAUGUAAUCCAAGAAUUGUUUGGACACUCGGCUGGCAGAUCAUCAGCAUCGAGCAGGAGUGACAUCGCAGCGACCGGUGGUCACAUAACUUUUCCUGUCGUGCCGUGGAUCAGAUGUUUCCGACGGCAAACCGACUGGCAAUCAGUCUCAUUACAAUCCGAGACUUUUAAUAGACCAGCGUAUGGAGUUAACAAGGACCACUAAAAGACAUGUCUAUUGAUUCAAUUACACAGUUAAUUUAUUCAUGUGUUGAUCUGAUACUGCAUCUAUUUAUUGUUUGUAUUUAUUGGGCAGCUUAUCACCUGCUGUGCGCUUGCAUAGUUUGGCCUACAGUUCUUUUGAGGUGACUGGGAAGAUGCUGUUGACAUUUUUUUGUGGCUUUUAUUGCUAUCGUGAGGAGGGCAAAACAAAAAGGACGUGAAAUCUUAUGAUUGGUCUCUUGGACUACUGUGCCUUUUUUACCAAAUAGGAUGUGUUUUUCAAAAAAAAAAAGCAUUCUGUGCUCUCAGUGCAUUCAUACUGUGUUUUGAUUGUUUGCAUGUGUUUCACAAAACCAGUGCACAGUCAAACGCGAAAGCCAACGUGUAGUCACCCUUCUUCUAAAAUCGCACACAGCUUAAAAACCAACAUCAUCAACUGUGAUUCUUUAAAACAAAAACAAAAAAAAAAUGGCAUCCAGCUCUUAUAUCCCAACAUCUACAGCUCACCUGAAUGGCCUGCAUCUCUGACUAAUACACACACCAACAGCAGUGGCUACUAUUUGUCAUGUAGUAUUUAAGUGUCUAGCCUUCCUUUGGGGCUUUUCUUUAGGUUCUGAUCAGGAGAGAAACCGACUGAACGGCACUUAAAGAUGGUGCUCUUGAAAACUUGAAAACAUGGUGAAAAUAUAAAUGUAAGGGAAGAAAUCUUUCUUUGCACCACUCUCUACCGCUGCUAUCAUCGUGCUGAUUUACAUGUAUCAUUGAAGGCUUGCUCUUUAAUUGGAAGUCCACUCACAGCAUUCAUUUAAAUGUUGAAGGGGUUCUUAGUAACCCGACUGGAUUAAUCUAUAUUGUAAAUAUUUGGACUGAUAUUUUUGAAUUGGUGUGAGAGGUUCAUAUGUUAUUUACAUAACUACAAAUGGGGUGGGGUGAUUUGCAUUACUAGACUCCUCCAAAAAGCACCACACGUGAACACAGAGCCACCGGCAGCCAACAUGUUACUGCCUGUUUGUUUUUGUUGUUUUUCUCAGUACGGAGUGUACAAACCCUCAGUCACUCUUAUCCUGCUACAAUACGCCAGAUGUUGACUCUUGA